AUGCGGGAUGUUAGACCAACUGUUGAGAAUCACAGUGUCCUAUCUGCUUCUGGUGCGCGCUGCCGUCUCUUCUUUCUAGACGAUUCAUCCCGUGGCGGACUCGUCCUAUUCACCCUCCCGUGUGCGCUUCGUCCCGCCCACCCCGUCCUUUUCUCCCAUGCCUGCCGCUUUGCAUUCUUUCUCCCGUCCGCUUCUCCCGUGAUCGUUGUCGUCCCUCCCUCUGUUCCAUUCUUCGUAUCCUCCCUUCCGCAAGCGUACACUCUCCUUCUCUGCGCCUCUCCUCCAUUGAGCGUACCCUCUCAUGCCCCGCUGCUCCUCUCUUCCAUUGUGUGUGCACUCUCUUUCCCCUCCGCGCCGUUCGCAUUUUGUCCCCAUCAUCUCCUCCUGUGCGUAUACUAUCACAUACACCGCUGCUCCUCUCCUCCCUUGCGCCUUCUCUCUCCCUACCACCCGCCCCUCCUUUUCUGUGAGCCCUCCCUCUCAUUCCCCUCUCAUUCUCUCAUUCCAUGCGCCAUCCCUCUCAUUCCCCUCUCAUUCCCCUCUCAAAAUCUCAUUCUGUGCGCCUUCAAUCUCAUUCCCCUCUCAUUCUAUCAUUCCGUGCGCCUUCACUCUCAUUCCCCUCUCAUUCUCUCAUUCUGUGCGCCUUCACUCUCGUUCCCCUCUCAUUCUCUCAUUCCGUGCGCCUUCACUCUCAUUCCCCUCUCAUUCUCUCAUUCCGUGCGCCUUCACUCUCAUUCCCCUCUCAUUCUCUCAUUCCGUGCGCCUUCACUCUCAUUCUCUCAUUCCGUGCGCCAUCCCUCUCAUUCCCCUCUCAUUCUCUCAUUCCGUGCGUCAUCCCUCUCAUUCCCCUCUCAUUCUCUCAUUCUGUGCGCCUUCACUCUCCUUCCCCUCUCAUUCUCUAUUAGGAUGUGCCUUCCCUCUCAUUCCCCUCUCACUCUCUCAUUCCGUGCGCCUUCACUCUCAUUCCCCUCUCAUUCUCUCAUUCCGUGCACCUUCACUCUCCUUCCCCUCUCAUUCUCUCUUAGGGUGUGCCUUCCCUCUUGUUCCCCUCUCACUCUAUCAUUCCGUGCGCCUUCACUCUCAUUCCCCUCUCAUUCUCUCAUUCUGUGCGCCUUCACUCUCAUUCCCCUCUCAUUCUCUCAUUCUGUGCGCCUUCACUCUCAUUCCCCUCUCACUCUCUCAUUCCGUGCGCCUUCACUCUCAUUCCCCUCUCAUUCUCUCAUUCCGUGCACCUUCACUCUCCUUCCCCUCUCAUUCUUUCUUAGGGUGUGCUUUCCCUCUCAUUCCCCUCUCACUCUCUCAUUCCGUGCGCCUUCACUCUCCUUCCCCUCCCAUUCUCUCAUUCCUUGCGCCUUCAUUCACAUUCCCCUCUACUCCUCUUCUCACGUGCGCGUUCUCUCGUCCCCCUCUGGUUCACUCCUCACGUGCGCGAUCUCUCUCGUAACCCUCUAUUCUGCUCUCAUUCCUUGCUCUCACUUGUCCCACCCUCCAUUCCGCGCCUCGCCCCCAUUCCUCGUGACAUGUCCUGAGUUUCCUCUCAUGCGAGUUUGCCCCAUUCCCCUCUGCUCCGCUCCUCCCGUGCGCAUGCUCUCUCUUUCCCCUCUGCGCCUAUCCGCCCAUGCGCAAUUUGUCUUUUUCCCCUCUGCCCCCCUCCCCCCUUUGCGCCUUCUCGCUCGCUCCCCUAUGAAUCUCUUCUCCAGUGCGCCCUCUCUCUCUUCCCUCUGUUUCUCUUCUAGUGUGCACUCUUUCUCUUUACUUAGGUUGGAGCCUGUGCAUGCAAAUGUAGGAACGGGUGUUGCGGAAGAUGUGUCUAUUGAUGUACCUCCUAUUUCUCGUGCUGAUCCAACAGACACUAGUGAUACUUCCUCAUCCUCUGAUUCAGUAGAUAGCGCGCUGCCCUUUGAACAAGAGGACGAUGCGUCUAGUAACGCUGCUGUAUCUGGUGCUGAUGAUGAUGGUGGGGAGGGAGCUCAAGCAGGUGUUGCACUGGAGGAAGAGGAAGAUGCCCCUCAGUUUAACCUCAAGGAUGCUCUUGCGCACUAG